AUGAUAAAUAAUUGUCAAUUACCAUUAUCAUCAUCAGCAAAUACUCAACAAUCAUUGACAACAUCAGAUAAUGUACCUCAGCAAGUCGCAUCAUCAAAUCUUAUACCUAUUAUAGCACCAUCAGAUACAACUCAAUCAAAUUCAACUUUAUCCCCAGCAUGUUCUAACUCAAUAUCAACAGAUAAUGAUGAAAGCAUUAUGCAACAAUCAUCAUCAUUAAAAACUAAAAGACAAGUGAAAAGAAAAGUUCAAACAACAGAAUCUUCGAAUAGCACAAGAGAAUCAGCAAAAAGAAUUAGAAGAAGAUAAUUUUUACAUGCUGAACAUUUUCUUGUUUGUACUUCUCCGAUUACUUUUUUAGUGUUCUUUUGUAUAGUUAGACUUUAUAUGAAAUUGAUGUUUUUUUAUCUUAGUAAUUCACUUAUUGUUUUCUUGUAUAGUUAAACUUUAUUAUUAAGUAUUGGAUUUUUAUGUUCGUCUUUUUUAUUGUUUUUACAUUUUAUAGUUGAUUUUUUCAACAAAUACAUAAGAUAUUAAUAGUAACAAAAACAUCUUUUCUUGAACAAACAGUUAUUGAAUGAAUCCUGUAGCCUCUGCAAAAAUUCAGGCGUUUUUAUUACUGGCAUCAUAUUUUUUCUUUAUUUUCAAUAGUCCAUUGAGGAAAUGGAAAGCACCAUAUUUUAAUAAUACUAAGGACUGCAUACAAGAGUGGAGUCAUGGAGUCUGCUGUUUCCCCGUUGGAAUAACUCGAGAUCAAUUGAAGAUGGAAGUAAUUAUCGAAAUUUUUAGUUUUGUGUGUGUUUUUUAUAAAUAUAGACAUUAAAUAUUACGCACUUAGAAAUAAAGAAUCAUUUACUUUCUCUAAAAUACAUUUUGCUUUCCUUUCGAAAUAUUUUUUGAAGGUAUACACGUAUUUUUUUAAUCUUAUGUGCAAUAUUUACCAUGCGUGAAUUACUCAUGCAUAUGGUUGCGUUUGUACAUUUCAAAGUAUGCAAUUUUCUGUAUGAUAGUUAUACAGACUUGUUUGCAUUCGAGCGUGUCAUGAAAAGAAAAGAAGGAAAAAACCAACGACAUAACAACGGAGAGAAAGCGUAAAAAAUACUUUACUGCAAAGGUAAACAAAAAACUAAUAAAAAAAAGAAUACGUUACGUGUUUCAUACCCACUACGAAGCUUUAUCAACAAACCAGUAAGUCAACGUCUUUUUUUCAUCUAUUUGAUAUUGUUUGCUUUAUUGCGUUAUGUAACUUCAUUAGAAUGAUUCCGAAAAUAGAAGAAAGUCUAGUAGGUGAUGCACACAUCACAUUCGUAUAAUCAACGCAUGAAACACGACUGCGACAAAUAUGAAAUCGAUCUUAAAGAUCAAAUUCUUUUGGACAGUCAGUUGAUAUUUCUUUUAAUUAUUGCUCUCCUUAAUUCAUUUUGUUGUCUGUAUUUUACACUUAUUAUUUCGAUUAGGGUGUGGGUGAGUAUGUAGGCGUGGAUGGAGAAGUAGAAAGACUUCUCAUCCACACUGAUAUCAACACCAAUAAACUAUCACUCCGCACUAUCAUCAAUAUGUAAUUAAACGGAAAAAAUUUCGGUAGAAAAUUUUUUAAAUGUU